AUGGCUACAGAAGAAGAGAGCGCGGUGAAGGAGCCUUUGGAUCUCAUUAGGCUCAGCCUCGACGAACGUAUCUACGUCAAGCUCCGUUCUGAUAGAGAGCUUCGUGGCAAACUUCACGCUUAUGAUCAGCAUCUUAAUAUGAUUCUUGGUGAUGUUGAAGAGAUUGUUACUACUGUUGAAAUUGAUGAUGAGACAUAUGAAGAAAUUGUGAGGACUACUAAGCGGACGGUUCCUUUCCUGUUUGUUAGGGGAGAUGGAGUGAUAUUGGUUUCCCCACCAUUGAGGACUGCAUAA